AGUAAGCAUAUAUUGAAGGAUUUAUUUUAUACUUAUGUGUGUAUGUCUGUUGUAAACAUUGUUUUUAAUUUUACAAAUUUAAGUAAUAAGUUUGCAAGAUAUACUAUCUGCCAUCUGUUAUGAUAUUGUAACUAUCAUAUUUAUUUAGCUGACCUAAUUUGUCUUGUGUGGCCUAAGAAUGUUUACAUUUGUUUACAUUGUGUACAAAAUAAUACACAUUGUGUUACAACUGUGCAGUUUAGAAAUCACUAGAACCAUCAUGGAUACUCAUGGAAUGAUUAGAACUUUCUAUUUCACUUACAUAACGUUUCCAGAAUAAUCAUAACAAAAGAUGCGUAAUUCAACUCUACCGUUAUCUAGAACGUUCCGUAACAAGUAUUUAAAUGCAGACCCUUAAGUUAGACACAGACAUAGAUAUAGACUUAGACAUCGAUAAACAUCAACAUUCUCAGCAGUUGGAUUGCCACUUUUAUUUACAAACUACAUCAUACUAGAUUGUGACCUAUUGGACGUAAUAUUCUGUGUGGAUUCCCGAGAAGAUUUCCGGAUAAAGAAAAGAUAAAAGAUUGGACUCAUAUUUUGACAGUUAAGUUGACAUUACUAUUUGUGUAAUACUUCUUGUAAACGUGUGUAUAAUAAAUAUUUUAAAUUUUAUCAUUGAUUUGUGUCUUUUGUUGGCUACAAUUAAAAAUCGAUUUUCUGUCGUAACAAAAAUUGGGGGCUCGUCCGGAAUAACGUAAAUAUCUCAUUGAAAAUUUUUAGUAUUUUUAUUAGAACUAGCCAACAAAAUUAUACACAAUGGCAUUUGAUGCCGGUAAAUUUUUGAAAACGCCAGACCUGGAGGGGUUUGAUAAUUUAAAGAAAGAGGAAUUAGUGUUGCUUGCUAAACAUCUGAAAUUAGAUUUUAGAGUAUUUAUGAGAAAACAAAUUAUAAAAAAUUUGGUAAUAGACAAAUUAGUUGUUGCAGAAUUUUUAGGUGAAGAGGCUCUUGAACUUAAGGCCGAAAAUGUUGACGCUGUCAAAUUAAAACAGCUUGAAUUAGAACAUGUACUCAAAAUAAAACAAUUGGAAAAAGAGGAAAGGUUAGAGAUGGAAAAAAAAUUAGACUUUGUAUCUAGAUUAAAAGAAAAAUUGUAUACUGCUUGUCAAAUUGCUCAGAAAAACUUAAAAAAUGUACAGAACAAGAUAAAAAUAUGGUAUAAUAAAGAUGCCAGGGACAGAGUUUUUGAGCCUGGUGAUAAGGUACUUGUAUUUUUGCCAGUCCCUGGACAUCCUUUACCGGCUAAAUAUUGUGGUCCUUAUACAAUAGAGAGUAAAAUCAAUGAUUUGAAUUAUACUGUUAAAACUCCAGGUCGGCGCAAACAAAAUAGAGUGUGUCAUAUUCAUAUGUUAAAACCAUAUGUUGAGCGUACUAAUGAAUAUGAGAGUAAACCAGUUGCCACUUUAGCCAUGGUUAAAUUGGAGAACAAUCACGACAAACCAGAUGUAAUUGAACCACCUUUUAGUUCUAAAACUAUGGACCAAACAGUAAGAUUGAAAAAUUCUAAAAUUUUGUCAAAUUUAGAUUCAAAAUUUGCCCAUCUGUCUUUUGAUCGUAGAGAAAAAAUAAAAGCUUUGGUAUUUUCUUUUAAAAAUCUCUUUCCAGAUGUGCCAAACAAAACCACUGCUGUUUGUCAUGAUGUCGAUGUAGGCGAUGCUUCUCCAAUUAAGCAACAUCCUUACCGGCUCAAUCCACUCAAACAUGAAUUUAUGAGACAAGAAAUUAAAAAGUAAAAUCACAACAAUACUGAACUCCGAGGAAAAUUCAGAAAGGAAAGUCCACAAUCAAAUGGCAAAAUCAAAAAAACAAACACAUCAAACGAAUGGAUAACAACUGUCAUAUUCCUGACUUGGUACAGGCAUUUUCUUAUGUAGAAAAUGGUGGAUUGAACCUGGUUUUAUAGCUAGCUAAACCUCUCACUUGUAUGACCAUCGCAUCAAAUUCCAUUAUUUUGACAACGAUGCGUGAACAAAACAAACAGACACAAUAGGUAAAAAUGUCAAAAAUAGGGGUACAGCAGUCAACAUUGUGUUAUCAUCUAAAUCACUAUAAAAACAAACAAAUGUAACGAAGAAGCACAAAAAGGCAUACAUCAAAUUUAACAUCCUCAUUUUGCUUAUAUUAUACGAUUUUAUUUAUCUAUGUAAAAUCCACCAAUAAAGGAUGGAAGGUUUUAAGUACUGGCGUAAAAUCGCGCGUUUGAAAUUCGCACAGGUAGACAUAAAAUAGUUUUGUCGUUCAAAGUAUGAGGGGAUACAUAAAUACAGAGUCACGUAACAUGGAUAUAACAAAAAACAGACUUAACAGUAAAAGUAAUAUUAAUAAAUAAAAUAAAAUAAUUGUGUGGUACAAAGUAUGACGAUAUACAUAAGUACAGAGUCACGUCAAAUGUAUAUCACAAAAAACAGACUCAACAGUAAAAGUAAUAUUAAUAAAUAUAUGCUUGACAAUAAUAUUAUUGAGCCGAGUAACAGUGAAUGGAGCUCUCCUUGUCUCCUUGUGCCCAAACCAGAUAAAAUAUUUUGUUUCGUGACUGAUUUCAGAAAAGUAAAUUAAGUUUCAAAAUCCGAUUCCUAUCCGAUUCCAAGGAUAGACGAUUGUAUUGACAAGAUUGGUCAAGCAAAAUUUGUGAGCAAAUUUGAUUUGUUGAAAAGUUACUGGCAAGUUCCAUUAACACCGAGAGUUCGAGAAAUAUCAGCUUUUGUAACACCAGAUGGCUUAUUUCAGUAUACUGUCAUGCCGUUUGGUAUGAAAAGUGCUCCAGCUACAUUUCAAAGAAUGAUCAAUAAUGUUAUAAAAGAUUUAGACUGUUGUUAUGCUUAUAUUGAUGAUCUCAUUGUAUGUAGUGAUAGUUGGGAACAGCAUUUAACACAUUUAUAUGAUACUUUUGAUAGAUUGUCACAAUCAAAUUUGACUGUUAAUCUUGGUAAAAGUGAAUUUUGUCAGGCCACUGUUGAUUAUUUAGGGCAUACAGUUGGCAAAGGUCAGGUGAAACCUAUUACGGCUAUAAAGUGGAUGCAAUUACCAAAUUUCCUCCUCCUACAAAUAAAAAACAACUUAUGAGAUAUUUAGGCAUGAUUGGAUUUUACAGGAAAUUCUGUUCAAAUUUUGCUACUGUUGUUCAACCAUUGACUCAUCUUUUACGGAAAGAUUCUAAAUUUAUCUGGAGUGAAAAUUGUCAAAAUGCUUUUGAAAAUAGCAAAUCACUUUUAAUUAAUAGUCCAGUUCUGGUCACUCCAGACUUUGAAAAACAAUUUAAACUUGCCGUUGAUGCAAGCUAUGUAGGAGUUGGAGCUGUUUUAUAUCAAGAGACAGAUGAUAAUGUUGAGAAACCUAUAUCAUAUUUUUUUCAGAAAUUAGAUAAACAUCAGAAAAAAUAUUCGACUAUUGAAAAAGAGUGUUUUGGACUGUUGUCUGCACUUCAACAUUUUGAUGUAUAUUUAAACCCUACUGUGCAUCCUAUUCUUGUUUAUACUGAUCAUAAUCCUCUUACCUUCAUACAUAAAAUGAGAAUCAAGAACCAGAGGUUGACUAGGCGGAGAUUAUUGUUACAGGAAUAUGAUGUUAUUAUUAAACAUAUUAAAGAAUAAUCAUAUACAUCAACAUUCUCAGCAGUUGGAUUGACACUUUUAUUUACAAACUACAUCAUACUAGAUUAUGACCUAUUGGACGUAAUAUUCUUUUCAAAGAAUUCCCGAGAUUCCCGAGAAGAUUUCCGGGUCAAGAAAAGAUAAAAGUUCUUAGAAAAAUGCUAAGACUGGAAUGAUAACAAAAUGGGAAACAUAGAAUCUUCAUGAUUUGAAAAGAUUAUGACGGAAAACAGAAUAGUUUUCUACUUAAAAAAUUCGACUUUCAAGGUGUUUCUAUAUAUUUGGACAAUUUAUUAUCGUGCCUUGUAUCUGUUUCUGUAUUUGAAUUUUGUAUCUGCAUUUUGCACGACUUUUUGUUAUUUUAUAUAGCAAUUAUAAUGAAGUUACGCUUCAAAUUUUAAAACAAAAAUAACCGAACAUUUUCAAAGUUUACACUGUUCAUGUGUACACGACGAGUUCUGAUAUGUUAAGAACUAUACAACUGAUUUUUAUUGUUCACGCCAAUGUCCCUGGUGAGGGUGCCGGUUUAAAAAAAGAUCAUUCAAAAAUAGAACUGAAUUUGUUUUAUAGUCGAGGUAAAAUGAGUUAAUAAAAAGUUGAA